AUGACCAUGAGUGGACACUGCUUUCUCCAGGCACUUGUUUUUCUCCUCUUCAGUGUCCUGGUGGAUGCUCAAGGAAACCAGACCCAGCUGCUGCCUAGGUGCAACGACUUCAUCUCUGACCCAGAUGGCUCUGCAGCCUCAGAGUACAAUGCUAACAACUGCUCAGAGACCAGACAGCUGCGCCUUGUGGAUGGGAGCAGUCGCUGUGCCGGGAGAGUGGAGAUCUUCUACCAGGGCCACUGGGGCACCAUCUGUCAUAAUAACUGGGACAUGAAGGAUGCCCACGUUGUGUGCAGACAGCUGGACUGUGGAUGGGCCCUUAGUAUCAUGCCCUUGGACCUAUUUGAUUUGGGAUCGGGACUUAUUUGGCUGGACAACCUGCAAUGCACAGGAAAGGAGUCUCACGUGUGGAUGUGCCCUUCUCAAGGCUUGAAGAAGCACAACUGUUCUCAAGACUGGGAUGCAGGAGUCAUCUGCUCAGGAAACCAGACCCAGCUGCUGCCUAGGUGCAACGACUUCAUCUCUGACCCAAAUGGCUCUGCAGUGUCAGAGUACAAUGCUAACAACUGCUCAGAGACCAGACAGCUCCGCCUGGUGAAUGGAGGCAGCCGCUGUGCCGGGAGAGUGGAGAUCUUUUACCAGGGCUACUGGGGCACCAUCUGUAAUACUAACUGGGACAUGAAGGAUGCCCACGUUGUGUGCAGACAGCUGGAGUGUGGAUGGGCCCUCAGUAUCAUGUCCACAGCUCAAUUUGGUGUGGGAUCAGGGCCUAUCUGGCUGGAGAAAUUGCAAUGCACAGGAAAGGAGUCCUACGUGUGGAUGUGCCCUUCCCAGGGCUGGGGGCAGCACUACUGCUCUCACAACCAGGAUGCAGGAGUCAUCUGCUCAGGGUUUGUGAGUCUGGUUGGAGGGAAUGGACGCUGCUCAGGGCGAGUGGAAGUGAAUUCAGGAGGAGACUGGUCUCCAGUGUCUGAUGUGAACUUCACGUCCCCUACAGCCCAGGUCAUCUGUGCAGAACUGGGGUGUGGCAAGGCUGCAUCUGUCCUGGGGAACAUAUCUUUCAGAGAGGCUAAUGAACAGGUCUGGACUGAAGUGUUUCAGUGUGAGGGGCAGGAGCCUGAGCUCUGGUUCUGUCCCAGGAAGCCCUGUCCUGGAGACACUUGUCCCCAUAGUGGGGCGGCCCACAUUGUCUGUUCAGAGUACACAGAAGUCCGGCUCAUUAAAAAUGGCAGCUCUCAGUGUGAGGGACAAGUGGAAAUAAAUAUUUCUGGAGUCUGGAGACCACUAUGUGCCUCCCACUGGGACAUGGCCAAUGCCAAUGUUGUUUGUCAUCAGCUCAAGUGUGGAGUCGCCAUCUCUAUCCCAGUGGGAGCAUACUUUGUGGAAAGAAAGGAUCAGAUCUGGAAACACCAAUUUCACUGCUCAGGAGUCGAGUCCUUUUUGUGGAAUUGCCCUGUGACUGCCCUGGGGACUCCUGAGUGUACCCAAGGAAACACAGCCUCUGUGAUCUGCUCAGAAAACCAGACCCAGCUGCUGCUCCCAUGCACUGACUCCAUGUCUGACCCAACAGGCUCUACAAUCUCAGAGGAGAGUACAACGAACUGCUCAGAAAGCAGAUGGCUCCGCUUGGUGGACGGGAGCAGUAGCUGUGACGGGAGAGUGGAAGUCUACCACGAGGGCUCCUGGGGCACCAUCUGUGAUGACAGCUGGGACGUGAACGAUGCCCAAGUGGUUUGCAGACAGCUGGGCUGUGGACAGGCCAUCAACGCCACGGUUUCUGCUCAUUUCGGAGAAGGGAAAGGACCCAUCUGGCUGGAUGACCUGAAAUGCACAGGAAAGGAGUCCCACGUGUGGAAGUGUCCAUCCCGGGGCUGGAAGCAGCACGACUGCAGGCACAAGGAGGAUGCAGGGGUCAUCUGCUCAGAGUCCCUGGCCCUCAGGCUGGUGAGUGAUGAGCAUGACUGUGCUGGCUGGCUGGAGGUCUUCUACAAUGGGACGUGGGGCGGUGUCUGCAGAAGCCCAAUGGAGCCCACCACCGUGUCUGUGAUCUGUAGGCAGUUGGGCUGUGGGGACACUGGAGAGCUCAAUGUUUCUGCUGGUAUCAGGACAGUCUCUCAGCCUCUUUGGGUGGAUGGAAUCCAGUGUCAGAAAAGUGACACCACCCUGUGGCAGUGUCUUUCUGAUCCCUGGAACGACAGAUCAUGCUCCCCAAAGGAAGCAGCUCACAUCACAUGUGCAGGAAAGAAAUCCAAGAGCUGUCCCACUGCUGCCCCCUGCACAGACAAAGAGAAGCUUCGACUCAGAGGAGGAGACACCACAUGCUCAGGGCGAGUGGAGAUUUGGCACAACGGCUCCUGGGGCACAGUGUGCGAUGACUCCUGGAGUCUGGCAGAGGCCGAGGUGGUGUGUCAGCAGCUGGGCUGUGGCUCUGCUCUGGAAGCCCUGCGAGAGGCUGCAUUUGGCCCAGGAAAUGGAAGCAUCUGGCUGGAUGAGGUGCGGUGCAGGGGCAAGGAGUCCUCCCUGUGGGCCUGUGCCGCCCAGCCCUGGGGGCAGAGCAACUGCAAGCACGAGGAAGAUGCUGGAGUGAGGUGCUCUGGUAAGAGGACACCAUCUUCCCCAACUUUUAGAGGCACCAGUUCAGGCUCAGUCCCUGUCUCUGGCAUCUUCUCCCUGCCUGGGAUCCUCUGCCUCAUUCUGGGGGCCCUUCUCUUCCUGGUCCUUACCUUCUUGGGAACUCAGUUGCACAAACAGAGAGCACAGCGCAAAGCCUCAUCCAGUUUUGAGGACGCUCUCAAUGAACCUGUGUAUGAGGAGAUAGAUUACCUUGUAACAUCAACGAAAGAGGACCUGCUUCCAGGCUCAGGGUCCCUGUCAGAUGACUCAGUACCUAAACUGCCAUAUUACACAGGGGAAGAUGAGGACAACAGUGACUAUAAAUCCACUCCAGGCAGUAGAGGUCAGAGUCUUGAUGUCUGGAGUGAUGGUUAUGAUGAUGCUGAAGAGGUGCCAGUGCCUGAGGCUCCUCUUGCUUCUCAGAUGAGUGAGGGGAACAUACCCCCAGAGGAGAAGAAUGGGGUCAGGGCCUCUCAGACAGGCUAUUCUCUGCAGUUACUUACAGGAGCAGCUGAUUCUGGGAAGGGAGAAGAUAGUCCCUGGUUGCUCAAGGGAGAAGAAAGGGACCCUGGAUAUGAUGACGUUGAGCUUAGUGUCCCUGGAACAUCCAUAAUGACUCUCCCAUGAUGUAUUAAAAAUUAGCUGAGGCUUCAGAUAUUCUAAUUGCCUAUAUUCCAAUAGGAUAGUGCUGACCUAUAAUUAUAUUGCAUGGAAAUUAUUCAAAAUUUAAUAUUCUGAAUAAAAUACUCUCUGCUUUGUUAAUAAUUUAGCAAGUUUUGUCUCAACUGCUCUUAGAGAAUUUGUCUCCAAAUACGAUUUCUCCCAGAGGAAUGAACUGACCUGUUUUCUUACCUUCCCCAUAGGCUACUCAGAGCAUUCCUUUGCUCCAAAUGUUCCAAUUCACUCUUACCAGACAGUGGGCUCUAAAAUUGGCGCACACUUGCUCACUCAUCCCUAGAAAGAUGAACUCAUGGAACAAAAAUGUUUCUGUAUUUGUCGACUAAAUCAAAGAAUGAUUGUGUAUGAAAAACAGAAACAAACAAAACAAUGCUGAACAUUCAUGUAUACCCGGCUCCUGAAAUGCCAUAUCAUCUCCUUUUUUAUAUCAUGCUAAAUGCUUAUUUAUUUUUUUUAAAUUUGUUGUGCUUUAGGUGAAAGUUUACAGUGCAAAUUAGUUUCUCAUUAAAAAAUUUAUACACAAAUUGUUUUGUGACACCAGUUGUAAUUCUCACAAUGUGUCAGCACUCUCCCCCUUUCCCUUUAGUUAUCUUCUCUUAAACACUUCCUAGGUACCAAACUUGGAUGUGAGUUUCUCAGUUGAACUUGUUGGCUGGUGGGAAGGGAUGGCUACAGCUUUCUUUAUCGUGUUCAAACUUUCAUGCUCCAACCAACGGUCUAAUCCUAGGCUGCUUUCUCAUCUCUAAUCCUCCAGGUUACUUUUUCGAAUUAUUGCUCAAGUCCAUCGUAACAUUCCUCCUCACUCUUCUCUCACAUCCAGUUGGUCAUUAAAUCCUUUCACAUUCAAUCUUUCCUAUCUUUUAUUUCCUUUUCUUUCUUCAGGACAUUAUUAUUUCUUGUCUGUCCAAUUAUAAAAGCCUUUUAAGGGAAUGAUAUUGACUCAUAUUGCUCCUCACUGCAAGGUGAUAGAGGCCAACUGGCAUUCAACCACAAUAUUCAAGUAGGACAAGAAGGCAAGGAAGAGAAGAUUUAGACAGAGGAGAACCAGAAGGCAUAUAGGAAUAUAGACAGAAAUAUCAGGAACUCCUAGCUACUUGUAUCUUACAGAUGUGGAUAGAGGGGUCUGUCAAGACUGAACUAUCAGAUAAAUUUCA